CGGAGUACACAAGUUACAGGUAGUAUUAUUUGGUUGGGUUCUGUUUGGUUCAAUUCCCUCAUUCGACCACCCAUUUUUGUGAAUUUAUUUCUGGGGUUUAUUAUCAUGUUCAUGUUCAUGUUCUUGGAUAAUGUCUUCUCCUUCUUCUCCUCAUCCAAUCCCAGUUCCAUUCCAAGUUUUUCAUUUGCAGGCCGAAAGUAGUAAGCUGUUGAAGAACAAGAGGAGCAAUAGGAAUAGCAUUAAGAGGACUUGGUCACAUUUGAUUCCUUGUUUUGAGACUGGGUUACGGCAUCAGCACAGAAAGCCCAAAAGACGUAGGCCGACCGGUCUAGAAAGUGCCGAUAAAAUUUUUAAGUCCGCAGUUAUUAAUCAAGCCGAAGAGUUUCAGUCCAAAUUGGAUCCCGAAUAUCCAAGCUUUGUUAAGGCUUUGGUGAAGUCACAUGUUACUGGUUGUUUUUGGAUGAGACUUCCGGCACCAUUUUGUCAGACGCAUUUACCAGUAAUAGACACUUUCUUUACGUUGGAAACUCAUAGUAAGAAGCUCUAUAAGGCGAAAUAUCUUGCGAGCAGGCAAGGUUUAAGUGGAGGGUGGAAAGGUUUUGCUGUUUCUGAAAGACUGUUAGAAGGAGACGCUCUUGUGUUUCAUCUAAUAUCAGACACCAAAUUCAAGGUAUACGUAAUAAAAGAAAACAACUUGACAGAGGUAGACGGAACUCUCUCCUCCAUAAAUUUGAAUACUCACGAAAUACAAAGUGAUCCGGGAAUAGUUGAUCAAACAAGUAUGCAGCCACCUCAAAAUUCAGAAAGCAAUAGUACGGGAAAUUCAGGGAGAGUUGUUGAUGGUUUCCCGAUAUAUGAAGAAGCAACCUUAAGUCCUAAUACAGUCUCAACAUUUGAGAAUUUCAGCAUCGUGAUCAAUGAUUUGCUUAAAGACUAUGAACUUCCUCGACAUAUUAAGUGGAGUUACUACAAAUUGUGUUGCAGUCAAGAUGCCUUACUCCACGAGCAGCUUCCACAAUGGAUGAAUCACAUUUUGGUGGGUGGAAUCAUAAUCGAGACUGUCACCAUUGCAGAUGCGUUGAGACAGUGUGAGUUAUCAACUCCGAAAGAAGAAUUCGCCGUUUGGGAUAAGACUUUAAGUGCACUUGAACUUCUUGGGAUGAAUGUUGGUUUUCUGCGUACCCAUCAGCACCGUCUUCAGAGAAUUGUGCAUGAUCCGGAGGUAGCCAUUGUCAAGCAGAAAUGUUUGGAGCUGUGUGCUGAGAACUCGCGUGCAGAAGAUGAGAUCAGGAGUCUUACGGCUAGACUUGUUGAAAUGAAGAAGGUUCAUAUAAAACGUGCAACUGAUAUCGAUAAUCUGAAGUCGAAGUUAUCAAACCAUGAAAUCAGGUUUCAGGAACUGGUACAUACCCCCUGGUGAAGUAAGUAGUGAUAACGUAUGACACAAGUAAUGUUGGACAAAUCCCGGGGGUGGAUUCCGGGAUUUGUCUAGCGUAUUCCCUUGAUUUUUUUUCCCAAACACGGGCACGUAAAUGUAAUAGGGGAAAACCCCUAAUUCAGGUUUAUUAUUUGGCAUAUAUGUUGAUUAUGUAUUAGUACUAUAUAUAUAUUACUUCAUCAAUUUUUGUAGGA